AAGCAGCUACUUCUAGAUCUGCGUGGCGGCGACACACAACACUGUACAGCAGCUCUCUUUAUCGCAGCCAUGGCGUUUUGAAGCAGGGCAAGCAAGGCAUCCUUCAAGCCAGAUUCAGUUACAGUACACUGCUGUAGAAAGAAAAGGGGAGGGAGUAGGGGAAAAUACUGGGAAAGAAUUCCAACAGGCUUUGCAUUUUAAGCCAGUAAAGCGGGACACCAGGAGGAAGAGGAAGAAGGAUAGAGGGGAUCUUACCUACAGGUAGAGGGGGCAGAGUUGAUUUUGUUUAUACUGAGACGAACAAGGUCUACCCAGGAAACCAAGAAGGACAAGAACAUCAUGUGGACACUUGUUGUGCUGCCUGAGGAUAGCUCCAGACCUUUGAAUCCAAGGCAACCUGUUCCACGGCCAGGCCGUAGAAGAAAGCCCAUGACAGCGCCAACACCCCGGAGUGACACGGCGUCUAAGACAAAGAAAGUGGUGCUAACUGUUCUUAUCAUUGUCGUGAUACUGGGCAUACUGGUCACAGCGGGAUACUUUAUCACAAAGCUGAUCCAAAGCAAGUACUUCUUCUGCAAACGUUCAGUGAAGUUCAUCCCAAUAGACAAAGCCUGCGACGGCAAAGAUGACUGUGCAGGAGGAGAGGAUGAAAUCGCUUGCCUUUCGUAUUAUAAAGUGAACUCAACAUUCCCAGUGCGCCUUUCCUCAGACAAGUUCAUCCUGCAAGUGUACAGUGGUGGUGCCGGAUGGCAAAGCGUGUGCGGUGACGGCUGGACAACGCAACACACACAGACCGCUUGCACACAACUGGGAUACGCAAAUAAACCUCGUAGCACCAUGGUCAGAGUGGACAGUUUGGCGUCGUCCAUGAGAACUGGACCAUUCAGAGCUGUCAAGCCCAAGACCACAAGCACACCCAUACAUCAGGCUACCAUCGCCCGCACCACGUGCAGUUCCGGAUCCGUGGUCUCUUUGACCUGUUCAGACUGUGGGCAGGUGGGCUCUCAGGACCGUGUGGUGGGGGGUACGGACGCCUCCAUAGAGGACUGGCCGUGGCAGGUGAGCCUCCAGCGGGACGGGCAGCACAAGUGCGGAGGCUCGCUGGUGUCGCCCCGCUGGGUGGUCACGGCCGCCCACUGUUUCACUGGGUGCGUGUUCACUUUUCUGUCCAUUUUUCCUCUGCAUUUCCAUUUGCGACACAAAGCCUUUGACUCAGCUUCCUUCUCCCGCUCCUAUUUCGGGCUCUGCAGCAGCAACAGGGCGCUGACUCGGUGGAGGGUGGUGUCAGGACGGACGUUCAUCAGCCCAAUUGGAGGUUCCUACGUCGACAGGGUCGUGUUGAACGGAGACUACGAUGCCGAACGAAACGACUACGACAUAGCUCUAAUGAGGCUCAGCAGCCCCAUCAGAGUGGGAGAGAGCCAAAAGCCAAUUUGUCUACCUCCUCAACCCUUUGGGCUUUCUGCUGGAGCCUCCAUGGUUGUAACAGGCUGGGGAUACCUGGAAGAAAAUGGGAAUGUUUCUCCUUCACUGCAGAAGGGCCGCAUCCCCCUGAUAAGCCAGAGUAAAUGUUCAAGCCCCAGUAUAUAUGGCAGCUAUGUGACACCGAGAAUGAUCUGCGCCGGUUUCCUGGAGGGAAAAGUAGACGCCUGCCAGGGGGAUAGUGGAGGCCCUUUGGUGCAUUUCGCCUCUUCUCAGUGGAACCUGGUUGGAGUUGUGAGCUGGGGAGUCGGCUGUGCGAGAGAAAACAAGCCGGGGGUCUACUGCAACGUAGAAGAGAUGCUCGGCUGGAUUCGUACAGUCAUUGAGAAAAAUCCUUGAUGUCCUCCACCAUGGCCACACCGAGCACAAGGCUCCAUUCCACUCUUCUUCAAACUGUGAAACUGCAAGAAAGGACUUGUUUUGAUGCGAGGAUUAGAGAAGAACUGUGAGAAAAGGGGAAGUUGAAAAUGUAUAUCAACAGCAAAACUAACUGCCUAACAGCCACACUCAUAAACAACACACACACACGCAUAUUUUUUAUAAAAUUUUCAGGUGUUUUUUGUGCCAUUUCAGAUUCCUUUCUCAGGGGACAGGUGCAUUUGUGGGAACUGUCACAUGACAAUCUACAGCCCAAACAAGCAUGUUUUUGAGCUACUAUAAUCCUGUGCUUUCAUGGACUAAAUCGCUUAUUAAAUGAGUUUAAAAAACAGGGGGGAAAAAUUGCGUCAAAGUUGAAAAUUUGACCGGUGAGACUGCUAAUGUGUUGGGCGAUAACCUUAGGUGGGGAUGGUCAUACUAAACUGCUGUGUAAGGGGAAGUCUGAGACUAGUGUGAAAUGUGUAGAGAUGAAUGGAAUUGGUUUGGAAAAGCGACACCUACUCCAAGUUGAGCGCAUUUAUGGUGACCAUUUCCUUGAGCUGAAACAUUUGACUCAUUUUCUACCAAUCAUACCAGUGAGCACUUUAAGUGGAAAGGGAGUUACUUGAGCUCAUGUGCAAGAGAUUAACAUAGGUUGUCUGAUAAUGCACUGAAUGAAAAAAUAUCUACUGUUAUGUGUUCGUACUGCCUCCAUUAAUUUCAGAGUAAUACCUUGAGUGUCGUCAAGACAUUCACGCAAUAAAAGUGCUGGUCACUUAAGCUAUUGGCUUAACAGCUAAAAAAAUGUAGCUAUCAACAGGUAGAAUAUGCUCUGUCUUGGCACUCUGCCAAAAUGUCAUGUUUAAUAAUUCAUUUGAAAGUUCUCGUUCCAGCAAAAAGUUGUUGGUGUUGCAACUUUGAAGUGAAGUACAACAAUGCGUUGUGAUGUAUAUAUUUAGUUAUUGAACUUUAAUAAAUUACUCAUGUGUAAGACUGUAAACGUGGUGUAUGUGGUAAAUUUUUCCAUCCGCAAAUAGUUUGUAACUACAUCAAAAGCUUCCACCCAGGGAGUGGAUACUUUUGUUCUGUCAAAUAAAGCAGUGUUCUU